AUGUCGUUCGAGGAAGAAGAAGAGGAAGAGUCAUUCGAGCACACACUUCUGGUGGUGCGAGAGGUUUCCGUCUACAAGAUCCCACCGCGAACCACAUCCGGCGGAUACAAGUGCGGCGAGUGGCUUCAAUCCGNAACGAGUGAGAGCGAUAAUCAUAUCGAUAUCCAUCCCGCCGUUAAUCACAGAUUGAAGGAAGGUGAAACCAUAAGAAUCAACGUGAAACCCAAACCAACAACAAAUGGCACUGGGAUGCUCUCAGCUGCUCUUUCAGGAACCGGGAAACCAAAACCACUAGCACUUGCGCCACCUCCCAAAGCUGCUGGGAUAACCAGGUCACCUUUACCGCCACCACCAAACGAUCCCGUCGCGUCAAGGAUUGCAUCUGAUGGCUGCAAAGAUUCAAUUGAUAACACAAGACGCAGGAACGAGCCUCUAUCUGAUCUAACUCAGCUUAAGAAGAAUCUUCCUUCAACGGCGGGAUCAGGAUCGACCAAGUCAACAGGAGCUGCAUCAGGUUGGGCAGCUUUCUGAUCUAUGGAGUGUAAAAUUUUAAGUUGGUGGACAAGUCCGGCUUCAUCUUCUUGUGACUUGAGAGCACGAGACAAUGGUGAAAAGCCAACAGUCUUUUUGAUGUAUGUUACUGGUAAGUUUGAUGUUGUGUUUCUUUGUAAUCCCAUACUCCCUCUGUUUUAUUUUUCUUUCUUCCUUCCCUUACAAUCAUCUUUGUUACAUUAUGAAAUUAUCACUAAUCAUUAUCAUCUAGACCA